CCCGGCUGCGGACGGCGGCCCCCGCCGCCCCCGGCGCCCGAACAGUGGGUUCCAUGGGACAGGGCACGAGCCGACUCUACAGCGCCCUCGCCAAGACGCUGAGCAGCGGCGCCGCCCCACACCCCGAGUACCUGCUGCCCCCCGACGCCGAGCCGCGCCCGGAGCCCAUCGAUCCCAAGGAGCUCCUGGAGGAGUGCCGGGCCGUCCUGCACACGCGGCCCCCCCGGUUCCAGAGGGACUUCGUGAGCGCGAGAACAGCGGCCCCCAGCAGCUCCCCGCCCAUCAGGGUCAUGCAGUGGAACAUCCUCGCCCAAGCCCUUGGAGAAGGCAAAGACAACUUUGCGCAGUGUCCCGUGGAAGCCCUCCGGUGGGAGGAACGGAAAUGUCUCAUUCUGGAGGAGAUCCUGGCCUACCGGCCCGACAUCUUGUGCCUGCAGGAGGUGGACCACUACUUUGACACCUUCCAGCCGCUCCUCAGUCGCCUGGGCUACCAGGGCACCUUCUUCCCCAAGCCCUGGUCCCCUUGCCUGGACGUGGAGCACAACAACGGCCCCGACGGCUGCGCCUUAUUCUUCCUGCAGACCCGGUUCAAGCUCGUCAGCAGUGCCAACAUCCGGCUGACGGCCAUGACGCUGAAAACCAACCAGGUGGCCAUCGCGCAGACGCUGGAGUGCAGGGCGUCGGGCCGGCGGCUGUGCGUGGCGGUCACGCACCUGAAGGCGCGCACGGGCUGGGAGCGGCUCCGCUCGGCCCAGGGCCGCGACCUCCUGCAGAACCUGCAGAGCCUCACGCGGGGCGCGCGGACGCCCCUCAUCGUCUGCGGGGACUUCAACGCCGAGCCCACCGAGGAGGUCUACAGACACUUCGCCUCCUCCAGCCUCAACCUGGGCAGCGCCUACAAGCUGCUCAGCGCCGACGGGCAGUCGGAGCCGCCCUACACCACCUGGAAGAUCCGGGCGUCCGGGGAGUGCCGGCACACCCUGGACUACAUCUGGUACUCGCGGCACGCGCUCAGCGUGCGCGCCGCCCUGGACCUGCUCACCGAGGAGCAGAUCGGGCCCAGCCGGCUCCCCUCCCUCCACUACCCCUCGGACCACCUGUCCCUCGUGUGCGACUUCAGCUUCAAGGAGGAGCCCCAGGGCCUGCUGUGAAACCAGAGGCCCCGGAGCAGCGCACGCGGGCUCAGCCCCCGGUCGCCCCCCUCAACAGCCCGGGUACCUCCGUGGUUCCAGAUCGUUUCUUAAAGAGACUCCGGUUCCCAAUUGUUUAGUGGCCGCUGGGUAUUUAUGCUUGGUUGGAGUCAUUUUGGUGUGCAUCUGUCAGUCACUUGAGCUCCCCGUUUGUGUAUAGUUUGUGUUUCAUCCUAGGGGCCGUUUACCACUGAAGGCAGUGCCUGAGAAAGUGGUGGGGCGCACGUGAAGCCCUUCCACACAAAACCCGCUGGUGAUUUCACUGUAAAUAGUGAAGAGGAAUAAAUAAGUCUCCUAACGCUAGUGCUUUUCAUGGCUUGGGUUGGGGGGGAUAUGAUGGUACUGGGUUUGAAACAUUCUAAUUCUUCUAAGGUGAGACCUACACACAGCCCCUCCCCUUGCCUGGCCCUAGGACAGGCGCGCUGCUUCAGAGCAUUUGAAAAUUCACAGGACUACCUCAAUCACCUGAUCCUUUUUUUCUCUGUCAAGACAUUUGAAACGAAAGCUUAUUAGGUACUGUGAGCCAUUACAGCACGUUCUGUAUGUAAGUUUACUAGAUGGUAGCCCUAUCUUUAUCUUUGCCGACUUGUUUUGUAUUGUAACACAAGUCAAAAAGGAUGAUGAGAAUGGUCACGUGGCUGACAGCUGAUUCCGGUUCCCAUCAAUUUGUAAACCUUACAAACACCCGAUCCAACAUUUUAAAAUUCAGUUUGCGAGAACCAUAAGGACCAUAGCCUGACAACUGGCUGGCGGACCCUGUCCUUCCAUAAACCGCCCCUUUCUCCGUGAGUGGGAAGGAAGGGAGAAGGGCUCCGUCUAAAACUAACCUGGGAGCCAGAGGAUAAAUUCCAUCUGUAGGUCUUCAAACAACCAGGAGCUGAACUAAGUUACUCUGAAACCGAAAUCCUAAUUGUUUCUUAAAUUGGAUUUGAACUUCCAACUCACUGCUACUACUGCUUAUACAGUCUUUUUUCCAUUAAUAUAAAAGCUAUUUUUAAUAAUUUUGGAAUUGUGUCUUGAUUCUCCCAAAACAAGUGUUGACUUCAUGAUAGCCCUACCAUGUUGAACCAAGUAUGGCUUUUUCUAGCUUACUCUAAUAAAUUUGGCUAUAUUUUAAGUUGAAAUCUGUAACGGGAACUUUGUUUCUAUUAAAUGUACUUCCGAUUGAAAUUCUUC